GUCAAAGUUUCAGCACUCUCUUGUGGGGAGGACACGUUAUCACGUAAUGUGUAAAGUAUUAUCUCUGAAGAAAGUUAGUGCUGAGAGACAGUUUAUAUUCAUCUUAGGACAAUGGCUCAGUCCGUUUCCCCAGACUUGCUCUUAAAGCUUAAACAGCAAGUUGGACGAUGUAUUGACGAUGCAAAAGACAAGCUUUAUAGUUUAAGUAAUGAUAUAUGGAGUUGCCCAGAACUGGCAUAUGAAGAGAGAAAGGCUCACGACAGAUUGGUAGUCUUUUUCUCAGAGGAAAAUGGAUGGAAAGUGGAGAAACAUUUUAAACUUGAGACGGCAUUUCGUGCCACGUGGGGACCCUGUGGUCGUAAGGAAGGACAGCUGAUAAACAUAGGUUUUUUGUGCGAAUACGACGCACUGCCUGGGAUAGGACAUGCGUGUGGCCACAAUCUGAUCGCCGAAGUAGGAGCCGCUUCUGCCAUUGGUUUAAAGGCAAUGAUUGAAGGAACGUCCGAUUUCCCUGCGCGCGUCCAAGUGACCGUGUUGGGUACCCCGGCUGAGGAGGAUGUAGGGGGUAAAGCCGAUAUGAUGAAGCAGGGAGCGUUUGAUGGGUUGGAUGUUGUGUUUAUGGCGCACCCUUCUCAAGAGGAUGCCCCGUAUCUACCAGAUGUUGCUGAACAUGAUGUGGUGGUAAAGUACCACGGCAAGGCGAGCCAUGCAGCCAGUCACCCAUGGGCAGGCAUCAAUGCUCUGGACGCUGCUGUGCUGGCCUACAACAACAUCUCUGUGCUCAGACAACAACUGAAACCUGACUGGAGAGUCCAUGGAGUUAUUAAAAAUGGAGGGGUAAAACCCAACAUCAUUCCUGACUACACAGAGCUGGAGUACUAUCUGCGUACUCCAUCGCGUAAAGAUCUACCCACCAUCAAGGCCAAAGCUGAGAUGUGCUUUAGGUCUGCUGCCAUGGCGACUGGCUGCCAAGUUGAAGUUGAGUUUGCGAGAAAUGCUUUUGACAAUAUCCUGAGAAAUACCACUCUGGAACACCUGUAUGAAACUAACGGAAAGGACUUGGGGAUGGAAUUUACCACAGAUCAGGAGGUUCUCAAAAACUCUUCUGGAUCUACAGACUUUGGCAACGUGUCUUUUAUCAUUCCUGGAAUCCAUCCCUACUUCUACAUCGGUACUGACGCUCUGAAUCACACAGAGGAAUAUACCAUCGCUUCUGGUGAUGAGAAAGCCCAGUUCUACACACUGAGAGCAGCCAAGGCCCUGGCCAUGACAGCCCUGGAUGUCCUGCUGUGCCCAGAGCUGCUGCACAGGGUCAGGGAGACGUUUACGGAGGAAAAACUGAAGGAGGAGCAGAUUCUGAGGGGCAGCCUGCCCUGUGAAGGAGCAGCUGGCCAGCACUGAGAGCACACACACACACACAUAGACACACACUGAGCGCACACACACAUAGACACACACUGAGCGCACACACACAUAGACACAC